UGUUUUGGUUUCAAAUAGAAAUUGCGCGAAAUAUCCGUGAAUUCUUUAUAUUUCGAGUUUUCUGUAUGGCGAGUGUGAACUUUGUGAACCUGGCGGAAUAUUGAAAUUAUUCUGAAUUUUGCAAAAAUGGAAGACAUUUCGGAAUUUUUGUCUGAGACAUUCAAAGCGUCGGUCGACUUUUCAUCUAUCACAAAGGCUGAUUUGAGAGCAAAGUAUAUGGAAAAGAAUGGAUUGUCAGAACUUAAUAAAGAGGAAAAGAAGUUGUUUUCUUCUGCCGUAAAUAAAUUUCUUGUAGAAAUUGUGAUCCCUAAGAUGAACAGUAAUAAUGCAGCUGUUAAUCAACUGAGCAAAGAUAAACCAUCAGAUGAAACUUCAAAGAAUGAAGAAGAGUGUUCCAAUGGAAUUAUUAAGAAGGGAGUAGUUGAAAAUGCAAAAGUGCAAGAAAAUAAUAAUGACAGUGAUUCAGACUCUGAAAAUGUUCAAGAAAAAGCUGUAGGUAGUGCAUACAAGAAAAAAAGUAACAAAAAGAUUUAUAGUGACACCGGAUCAGAUGCAAGUGAAGAUUUUAAUUUUGGUGCAAUCAAAGAUAUAUGUGAAUCAUCAGAAAAUGAAAAUGUUUCAUUAGCAGAAAUAAAAUCGGAAAAAACUGGGCACCUACCAGAAAGAAGCAUUAAUUCUUCGAAUAGAAAGAAUAGCAAAAUCAUAAAGAAUGACGUUACCAGUAGUGAGUCUGAAGAUGAACCUCUAUCUUCCUUGCAAAAUAAAUCUACAGAGAAGAUGUCAGCAAGUAAUAAAACACCGAGUAAUUCUUCAGAUAAAGAUCAUGGGAGUGAAAAUGAGCAAUCACAAAUGAAUGAUGUAUGUUCUUUGAAAAAGAAGGUAAACUAUAGAAAGAUAUAUAAAAGAAAUAUUGCACUAAAAGCCUUUGGAAACUUAAGGAAGUUUUUCAGUAACUUA